AUGUCCAGAUUCCAAGGUAAAGUCAUCACCGUAACCGACGCCGCAUCCGGCAUCGGCUACGCCAUCGCCCAACACCUCGCCAACCUCGGCGCACGCCUCUCAAUCACUGAUAUCUCCACCGAAGGCCUCGCAACAACCGCAGCAGAGCUCGAAAGCAUCAUCGGGAAAGAGAACCUCUCCAGCCAAGCCCUCAAUAUCGCCGACCGCCCCGCCGUCGAAUCCUGGAUCACCUCGACCAUAACCUACUUCGGCCGCCUCGACGACUCCGUGAAUGCCGCAGACGUUAAUGUAAAGGGGAUGCUGAAUCUUGUGCGCGUGCAGUUGCGGUAUUUGACUGGUGCCGUGGAGCGCAAGGAGAUUGAGACGGCGUCGGUGGUCGUCUUUGGAAGCGCCGCGAGUGUGACGGGGGCGCCGAGCCUGUCGGUGUAUACGACCAUCCUUGUGGGUCCGAUUGAUACACCGACGCUACGGAACGUCGUUUCGAAGGAGCGCAUGAAGAUACUUUCGAGCGCUAUUCCGCUUGGUAGGAUAGGUACUGCGAAGGAGGUUGUUGGGCUGGUUACGUAUCUGCUUGAUGAGAAUUCUGGGUUUACUACGGGCGCUGUACAUAACGUCGACAGGGGUAUCCCGACUGCUUGA